AUGAAUCCCGCAAACUUCUCCAACGUUGGCGGGGCCAUGCCCGGCGGAGCCAACCCGCAGAUGCCAAACAAUGAGAAUGCAGUCAUUUUCAACCAUGCCGUCAAAGCAUUGCAAGCUCAGGCUCCCUUUUCCGGAUGGAAAGCAGAGGUCAGGGUACAGGAGCGGGCCAUUAAAGUCUUUCAGAUUUUAUCUUCCCUUCGACUACUCCAACCACAAAUAAACGUAGCCCAAGCUGCCCACGCUGCCUUGACUUUUGAGCAGAAAGCACUAAGAGAGGCCAACCAAAGGGCCGAGUACGAUAAAGCGUGUAACGAAAAGCUCGCUCAUAUUCGUGACACCCGUGCCAGACAGGCCGCUGUCAUGCAGAAUGGGAUAAUGCCUCCCGGUGUUGGGCAAAAUCAAGUUCCGGGGUCAAUGCCUCCCCAGAUGAACCGACCCAUGCAAGCAUCUCCUAUUCCUAACCCGGAACAAGUGUCAAUGGGAAUAAACGACCCCAAUCACCGGGCUGCCCUACAGCAACAGCAGCAACAGCAACGUCAACAGCAAUCACAGGCCAUGCUGCAACAGCAGCAGUCGCAGUCGCAACCGCAACCACAACCGCAACAGCCGCAGCGGGCGCAACGACCAGGGGCCAACGUCUCGUUACCCGACGAUCUCGGCUCGCUGUCGCCUCAGGAACAUGAACAAGUUCGUCGACAUGCCCAGCAAAUCAUGUCGAUGACGUCCCCGGAAGAAAUAGAAAAGAUCAAAUUGAAUCUGCAAAACAUGACGCCUGAACAAAAACAGUUCAUUGCGAAAAAGCAGAUGGAUCCGUUAAGCUAUUUCUUCCGCUGCCAGGCCGUGAACAACCUGCGGAGGCAUAAACAACGAAACAUGGCUCAUGGACCAAAUGCUGCCAACAAUCCCAUGGUUGGCGAUCCGAUGACCGCGCAACAGCGCCAAGUGUAUCAAAGUAUGAUGAAUCUUCAACGCAAUUCGACGUUUCCCGGCCAUGCUCAACCUGGCUUGGACCCUUCUUCGUUCAUUGGCAAUGUGGAGAACAUUCAAGGUCAGCAGGCGGACGGGUUGCGUUCUCAGGAGGCAGGCCAGCUCGUGGUACCCGCCAGUUCCUCUCAGAUGAACCAGCCACCGUUCCCGACGCCCCACAAUGUGUACCAGCCUGGACAACCGCUCGACCAAGGGGGCCAACCCGGUAUGAACGGGGCCGGUAUCAGCCCACAGUUCCUACCUCAAUCGCAAUUGCAGAAUCCUCAAGCGGCCCAACAAGACAGAUCUCAACAUGCGACACCAUCCCGUGCCCAGGCCCAGGCGCAAGCCCAGGCCCAGGCGCAAGCAGCUCGCAUGCAAGCGGCCCAAAAGGCCCAAAUGGCCAUGGCCCAAGCAGGUCAAGGGAAUCCUCAACUUCAGCAACAGAUUGCUCAGCAGAGUCCUGCAAUGCCGAUGUUGAAUCGUCCCAUGCCCCCAGGGCAAAUGUCUCCGACGCAGGUAGCUGCCCAGGCCCGGCCUCCCUCGCGACCUCAGAGCAUGGGACAGCAUCCUGCUGGUGUCCAGUCCCUCCCUGGGCAGCCCGGGAUUCAAGGUCGGGCCCAGAUACCCGCGAAUCUUCCCCCCCAGGUUCAGGCACAACUAGCGCGAAUGACUCCGGAUCAACUUAAUGCUUUUCUCAAUGCGCAGCGACGCCGUGCCCAUCAAAACAAUCAGGCACUCGCCCAGGCUAAUGCUGCACUGCAACAACCCGUAUCCAUGCAACAAAGCCUGUCACAACCCGGGCAAGGCCAACCGAUGGCCAAUAGCCAGAUGGACAAUAACCAGGGUCUCCGGGCAUCCCUCGGCCUCCAGCAGCAGCUUCCCAAUAUGGGCGGGGGACAGAUGCAGAAUCAGAUGUCACAGCAAAUGUCUGCCCAACAGCAGCAACAGCAGCAACGUCAGCAGCUUUACCAGAUCCAUCUUCUGCGUCAUCAAAGUAGUGGGCUGGAAAUGACACCCGAUCAGAUUAAGGAAAUGGACGGUCUACCUUUCCCACCAGCGCUGAUCGGCAAUAGUCAAACUUCACCCAUCCCGAAACACGUCAAGACUUGGGGACAGCUGAAACAGUGGGCCGCUGAAAAUCCUCAAGUCAUGGGAGGAGUAGAUCCAAACAAAUUGAUUGCUUUCCAAAAGUAUCACCUGGCGCAGAUUGUGGCUCAUGGGAAAAGAAAUGGUCGGAAUCCUGAUCAAGCGGGUCAAGGUCAUGGAGCAGCAAUACCAGCAUCGGGUCGAAAUCAAUACGAACAGCAUUUCCCAGGGGGUCCACAAGGCCAAUUGCCCAUGUCAAUACCACCGGUGACUCCCCAGGAGGUCCAGAUGGCGCGUCACCGCUUGGGUGCUCAGGUACAAAAUUAUACCGAUGAACAGCUUCGGGAUGUGCUGUUUAGGAACCGGCUCAAUAAAUUGCAGGCUACCCGUGCCCGAGCAAUGCAAGGUUUCGCAGGACAGAAUGUCAACCAAGGCCAGCUAGCCCAGCCAGCCCAGCCAAUCCAGCAACCACCAGCUAUUGCACCACAGGGUACGCCGCAAGCAAAGCCGCAGCCUCAACCUGCACAGCAAACGCCGCAAGCAAACCAGCAAGCGCAGGCUGCAAAGGCGCAGAAUGCAACGCCCGGCAAAGGGCCAACAAAGGGGCCUGCUGCGAAACAGCCGCCAAAGAGAAAAUCGAACGCAGAAGAGUCACUGGAAGGCCAGAACCCCCCAGGCCUGAUGCCCGCCCAAACUGCCGCCCCACAAGUUCCAUCGGUGCCUGGUGCUCCUCGACCCAACCUCAACCUCACGCGUGAGCAGUUGGCUGCGAUGGCGCCUCAUCAGCGCGAACAAGCGGAAGCUUACAUUCGAAGACAACAGAACCAGAAUCGCACUCCGAUCAAUCGAGCUGCUGCGGAGGAAGCAUGGAACAACUUGCCCGAACAUAUCAAACGACUGUACAACGACAUCUCCAGGACUGUGCCCUUUGGAGAUCCUAUCCCGCUCCCACCAGAGCAGAAAGCCAUAAUGAGCCAACAGCUUCGCGACUGCAUAGAUAUGCUUAGUAGGAUGGAUACGCUGGUACAGUGGUUUGCAAAGGUUCCUAAUCAGGACAAGAACGUGAGGAGCUUGCUUGGGAUGCGUAUACAACUGUUGAGACAGUUCAAACAAGUCCCGGAAUGGACGUUGAAUGAUGAACUCACUCUGUCGCCCGAACGGUUAACUGGUUGUAUCGGUUACAUAAGGAAACUUUUCACUGCCAUGAUCCAACGUGUAAACCUCCAGCAACAGCACCAGCCUGCAGGUAUGCGGCCAAAUAUGCCUCAAGGUCCGGCUCCGACAGUGCCACCAGCCAUCCAAAACAAUAUGCCAGCUCUGAAUGCGAGCAACCUGCAGCAACUUCAACAACAAGAGGAGGCACUCCAGCGAGCACGGCGGGCUUCAAGCCAGACUACGUCAGGGAUCGCUCCUGGUGUGCCGCCGGCUCCAUUUGGGGCGCCAUCUCCUCAAGGGGUUCCUCACGCCUACGGUCCUGGCAGCAUGCCCCCCGAGAAGUUGAAGCUUCCUCCCGCGAAGAGGCGAAAGCAUUCACACGCUGGUGUUACUUCUGGGCAGGUUCCAACCCCCGGAACCGCGAGCGCAAAGACGCCAAUGGGCAAACCUACGGCUUCAGCGGCCUUCAGGUGCAGUGUCCCCGAAUGCCAGCAUCACUACCAUGGCUUUGCGUCCCAGUCCGCAUUAGACAAGCACAUUGAGGAAAACCACAAAGCCGAGGAGAAUAUCGAGGAUCCGCUCCAGUUUGCUAUCGAAAGCAUGCGGAGUAGCCUGGUCAAAGAAGAGAAGCCGGAACCUAAGAAGGGUGUUACUGCGGAAGCUCCAACGGCGCCUGGCAGACAUGAAGUGAAACCCGAGGGAGUGACACCGGUCACUACUGGCACGACUCCUAUGGGCCGCGUGCCCAGCCAUAUCGGGCUCAAGUCCGCCUCACCUGCAUCGAACCAACAGAUGACUCCUCGACCGUCUUCAGGCAAGGUGCCAACCGCUGCCGCCGCCGCCAUGAAAUCCACUGUCAGCAAGGAAGCCAAGAAAGAAGCUGCUAAAGUUGAGCCAUCUGGCAUGGACACAACAGCCAAGGAUCCUUGGGCGGACAGUACGAUUUCUCUUGAGGCGAUCCACGACGCAUUCAUGGACUUUGGCAAUGAGGGCCUGCCCGGGCUAGGAGUCGAUCCGAUGGACGAGUUCCUUAAUUCUGAAAUGUUCACCACUGCUCAGUCCAAGGAUACGCCAGAAUCGGUGGAGACAGGCGCCGGCACACAAACCCCGAAGGAUGGCGAGCUCUCUAAGGAUGAGGAGAUGAACGUUAAAAUUGGAAGUGAUCCGGAAGAGAACUGGAUCCCAGCGGACUGGGUAUACUUGCCUAGCCGGUUUGACGACGGUUUCAUGCUCAAUGAACCCAGCGAUUUCGAUUGGGAAUCCAUUGACCGGAAAGAGGCUGAUCUUAAUGAUGAUACGGGGAUAGCCAUCUAUGCCAUGUAA